AUGCCAUCUGUGCCAUUACAAUUUUGUGCCGAGAAUCUCAUUAAACUUGAUUUGCCUGGGAGUAAUAUCCAACAGCUUUGUGAUGGCAAUCAGCAAUUUCCAAAUCUAAAGGAAAUACGUCUAAAUGAUUCAAAAAAUCUCAUGGCACUUCCAGAUUUGUCUCAAGUCCCGGAGAUUGGGCAGAUGGUUCUUAAUGGUUGUGUGAAUUUACAUCAAAUCCAUUCUUCAACUGUCCCGGAAAAUCUUUUCCAUUUAUUCGUAGAAGAUUGUGGGCCAAUGAAGAUAAAUGUUGGGGGCAGUAUGAAAGGGAGAAGUUCAUCAGGGUUAGUGAUUGUGUACAAUUAUUUGGAUGUCCCCAAUUUGACAUUCAAUAAAGUGACAAUGAAGGUGUUGGUAUGUGGCAAGAUGAUGUGUGGUGUUGGAUUUAAGCAUGUGAGAAUGCCAUUGGGAGAGACGGCAGAAUUCAUGAGAAUGGGAAUACAAAGUUUGGCGACUUUACUUCCAUUUGUGAGGGUAGUUGAAUGGUUAGAGAGUCCAAUUGAGUUUGGGCAUGAUUUCAAGCAACAUCAUACCUAUCAUGUUUGUCAUGCAUACAUUGGUCCUUUAAGCUGGAAUGACUUCAGGCUUUAUGUAAAGGUGAGGGGUGAUGGAGAAGAAAGGGGUGUGGAAGAUGAUGAAGAAAAGGAUGAGGAUGAUAGAGAAAUUAUUAGUGAGAAUGAAAGAGAAAUAAGUAGUAAAGUUAAUCGUGUAGCAGAGACAACAUUAUUAUUAAUGGAAGAUGAACAAGAAGGGGCCGAUGAGGAUGAUAGUAAGAGGGACGAUACAUUAUUAACAACACUACUUAUUCCUAACAGCAUCCCUCGCUGGUCAUUGUUGGUUCGACUGACAUUAAAAGAGAGUGAUAUUAUUAUUGGGAAUAAUAAUACAGGUUGUAGCAUCAUCCCUCAAGCUUCAAUAAUCCUCAAAUCACUUAAUGAAGAUUGCAGAAGGAGGAUUCAGCCUCUCUUGGCAGUACAACUCUCUUCCCCAGUAUCCCCUUUACCUCAUCAUUCUUUCACAGUCCGUUAUAACUACUUGGAGGGUGCGCCACACGAUCCUUCUUUUCUUUAUUUCAACAGUGAAUACUGGUCAAGUGAUUAUUUUGAUAGUCAUGGCUUAAUUGUUCACUUUUUCAAGAACCACUGA